GAUGCCGAACCACAGCAGAGAGUGUGUUGUGAAUGAAUGAAGCAAUGGCGUCCUGUCGAAGUCAAAACAGCAAACUGCUGCAGCCUAAGGCAUCAAGAACGUCAGCUGGCGGUAAUGUUGACAACAGCUUCAUCUCUCACUCUCGUCAGCACAAUCCUGCCGAUAAAUGUCAUUGAUUUUACACUCGGACAUUCUCACUAUCUCCACUCGCGAGCAUAGUUGCAAGUCUGAUUCCAGAGUAAAAGCGACGACAGCCCCAUCAGGAUGGCGCACGCAAACCUCGUCGAAGUGGACUCCCUGGAGGCUGUCCUCUUGGUUGACAAUGACCUCGACCCAAUGUCGACCAUCGCCCCCGAUACAGUCCAAGUCUCAGGCCUCAUGCGUACGCUAGCCACGCACUCCCCGCACGAGAUCUCGGACCGCGGGGAUGCGCACAAGGAGCUCCAGAUGGAAGAUAUCUGCUGUGCCGCGCAUGGAUUAUCCAUUCUCGUGACUGCUACUAAGAACGGAAAAAGUCAUACGAUGCUCUUCGACGCCGGACCCGAAGGUGGAGUCUGGGAGCGCAACGUAAAGCGACUCCGACAAGACUUAUCUUCCGUGGAGCUGGUACAGCUAUCGCAUUGGCAUCGAGACCACUCGGGGGGCCUGGUUCGAGCUAUCCAACUGAUCACGGAUGCUCGAAAAGCACAAAGCACUCCAGGCGAACUCAUCGUCGACCUGCACCCGCACCGCCCCGACUUCAGAGGCAUGGCAAUCGGAGACAAGAUCAUCUCUCUCCAGGCUGAUCCAACGUUCGAAGAAUUGCAGGCAGCGGGCGGGACCAUAGACAAACGAGCGGACGGGCAUACAGUUCUCGAUGACUAUUUCUUCAUCUCAGGCGAGGUUCCCCGGCGGACCUCAUAUGAGACUGGCCUGAGAGGUGGAAUGCGAUUCGAUCAAGAGGAGGAUGACUGGUUCUCCGAUGAGGUUAUUGCCGAUGAACGGUUCCUGAUGUGCAACCUCAAAGGGAAGGGAAUCGUCAUGUUCACCGCGUGCAGUCAUGCUGGAGUGGUCAACUGUGCACGACAUGCAGUUGAGAUGCUUGGUGAUUCUGUGCCUCUCCAUGCGGUUGUCGGGGGCUUUCAUCUCGCGACUAGCGACGCGACUCAGACCGAGAACACAGUCAAGGAUCUGAAGAAGCUCGAUCCAGCUGUUGUUUUGCCCGGACACUGUUCCGGAUGGAGGGCCAAGUUUGCGAUCGAGAGACUCAUGCCGGGCACGCUGGUUCCGUGCUCCGUAGGUAUGAGGAUUUCGUUCUAGCAGUAUGCA